AUGAACGGCCUCCUUGGCCAUGGCAGGCCAGACAGUGAGUUUGCGAAUGGCCUCCAUGGCCGUGACAGGACAGACAGUGAGUUCCAGAACGGCAUCCAUGGCCGUGACAGGACAGACAGUGAGUUCAAGAACGACCUCCUUGGACGUAGCAGGACAGGCAACAGGGGACUCAGAACAGUUGUUUCUGUUGCUGCCUUCCCUGUAACAGGCCGGAGACUCAGUACCAAGGUUUAUCUGUUAGUGUCUCACCAUUGCAGGCCGGAGACUCAGAUCAAGGAGUGUUUUUUGGGAAGGCCAAAACCUGAGGAGGACAAAAAUGACGAACUCAUCAAGAAGAGCACCUUAAUUGAAGACAGAAAACCUGCUCGAUACCAUCUGACACUGAUUACACAUGAUUUGGAUCAAUCUAAACCAUAUAGGAAAAUGACCUUUGGGGAGAGAGACUCAAAGAAACCCCAUAAAACCCUUCUGAUGGUUGGAGAAACAGGAACAGGAAAAACAACCCUGAUCAAUGCUAUAGUCAACUACAUGUUGGGUGUAAAGAGAGAAGACAAGGUUUGGUUUGAGAUCACAGAUAAUCAGAGUAACUGGAAAGAUCACAGCUCGACAGCCAUCAUCACUGUCUAUGGUGUUUAUGACCAAAAGAUUCCAGAUGACUUAACAAUCAUUGACACACCAGGAUAUGGAAAUACCCAUGGUAUCACCUUUGACAAAGAAAUUGCCAUGAAUUUGCUUCGCUUAUAUGAAGAUGGCCUCCAUGAAAUAGAUGCAGUGUGUUUAGUUAUUGACGCAUCUCAAACUCGACUCUCUGACAGACAAAUCUACAUAUUUGAUGCUGUUCAGUCCUUAUUUGGAAGAGAUAUUGCUGAAAACAUGGUGUUGCUUUUCACACACUCAUCUGGAGCUCCACCUAAAAAUGUCCUGAUGACCAUCGAAGAGGCUAAAGUAAAAUGUGCAGUAAAUGACAAGAUGAAGCCAGUAUAUUUCCUGUUUGACAAUUGUCAAUCAAUGCCCUUUGAUGAAAAAUAUGAAACAAUCCAGGAGCAAUCAUGGAAACUCAGUCAUGUUGGAAUAAUGAGCUUUUUCAAGUUUCUUGAAAACAUAAAACCAAAACAAUUGAAGAUGACUCGAGAUGUUUUGCAGAAACGGAAGCAUCUGGAAGCAAAUGUCUCCCAAAUGGAGCAAGAAAAUCUUUCAGAAUCAGAGAAAAUAAUGAGGGUGAAUGAAGCUUUUCACUGUGUGGAAACUCUGGAGAUGAUCGCACUCAACACUGAUUCUUUGCUCACACUUCUGCACAUUGAUUCUCUGAUUGAGAAUUUGAAGGAAAUGAAUCAGCCUGAAAAGGUAAAAACUCUGGAAGACAUUAAGAAGAGAGCAGGAGAAGAAAAUACUGGAGCACUGGGAUACAUAAAAGGAUUUUUGAAAUAA